AUAUACCCAACCGUUCAUCCAUCCACUUUCCAUCUACCUAUCAUGGCUUCUUUCUCUCCUUCUGACUACAAUGCCAUCUUCAUGUUCAUGGCACUCCUCUCAGCUCUCAUUUUCUUCUUCAAACGUAAAAGCAAGAAUAGCUCAUUAAACCUGCCUCCUGGCCCACCUGGGUGGCCCAUUGUAGGUAACCUCAUCCAAUUCAUUCGGUCCGGCAAGCCGUUCAUGCACUUCUCCCGCGAUCUCCGGUCCAUCUACGGCCCCAUCUUCACCAUCAAGAUGGGAGCCCGAACCCACAUCGUGAUCAGCAGCGCUGAGCUGGCUCACGAGGCGCUCGUUGCAAGGGGCCAGACAUUCGCAAGCCGCCCUCCCGAGACCCUCACCCGUGCCGUCUACAGCUGUGACAAGUUCACCGUCAAUUCAGCUGUCUAUGGCCCGGUCUGGCGGUCACUUCGCCGGAACAUGGUCUCGAACAUGCUCAGCGCCAGCCGGCUCAGAGAAUUCCGCGACGUCAGGCAAAGGGCCAUGGACCGGCUCAUCGACCGCCUUCGAGCUGAGUCUGAGUCGACUCAGUGCGGUGCAGUCCACGUCUUGAAAAAUGCCCGGUUCGCCGUCUUCUGCAUACUUCUAUCAAUGUGUUUCGGCGUAGAGAUGGAAGAAUCGGAUAUCGUAAACAUCGACUGCUUGAUGAAGAAGGUGCUUAUCGUUCUUAAUCCCAGAUUAGACGAUUUUCUCCCUUUCUUAAGUUCAUUAUUUACGAAACAACGCAAGGAAGCCAUGCAAGUACGUGAAGAGCAGAUGCGUACAUUGGUCCCACUCAUCGACCGCCGUCGAUCCGAUCUCAAUGACCCGUCCCCAGACAAGAAAUGUGCAUCGUUCGCCUACCUUGACACCCUCUUUGACCUCCAGGUCGAAGGCCGGAAAUCGUCCCCGACCGACGCUGAGAUUGUGACCCUUUGCUCCGAAUUUCUCAACGGUGGGACCGAUACGACUGCGACAGCGAUUGAAUGGGCCAUCGCGCGAAUGAUCCACGACCCAGAUAUCCAAUCUAAACUCUAUCAAGAGAUCGUAGCCGUUGCUGGGAAUAGAAAAGUGGACGAGAAGGAUAUAGAUAAGAUGGUAUAUCUUAAUGCCUUCAUCAAGGAAUUAUUACGAAAACAUCCACCCACGCACCUGUCAUUGACCCACGCAGUCGUGGAGCCCACCACAUUGGGCGGCUACGAUAUACCCCCCGGUGUCAACGUGGAAUUCUACCUGCUGCCUAUUUCGGAGGACCCGACAUGUUGGUCGGAUCCGGAGAGUUUCGAUCCCGAUAGAUUCGCGUCGGGUAAGGAAUCAGCCGAUAUAACUGGCGUUACGGGGAUUAAGAUGAUGCCGUUUGGGGUUGGCCGUAGGAUCUGUCCGGGUCUGAGCAUGGCCAUGCUCCAUAUCAGCCUGAUGGUGGCUAGGCUGGUGCAGGAAUUCGAGUGGUGCGCACUCCCAUCCCAGCGUACAAUAGACUUCAGCGAGAAGCUGGAGUUCACGGUCGUGAUGAAAACUUCGCUACAAGCCGUAAUCAAGCCUAGGAAGUAGGAAGCCGUACACAACCACACGCCUGCACAUGUGACACGUGUUUAAGAUAUGAGGUGUCCAUGAGGUGAGUUGCACUGCUUAGAUCUGCUGCCUUAAAAACUAGGGCAUUGGUGGGUCACAGCAUAUCCCUAAUGCAUGGCUACAAAGAAUUUUAACAGUUAAUUUUCUUUGCACUUUGUGGCCCACCUAAAGAGUAAAACCGUCCGAUGUUUUAGCUGCAGUAUCUAUGCAUUAUUUCAAACCUCAUGGAAAGCUUAUAUCUCAUACAUGUUUUAUAUACGCACGUGUGCCAUCGUGUUGGUGUCUACGGAUUUACACGCGUGUAGAAGUAGCAAUAAUCAGGAAGUGGGUAGUUUGCAGGAUGGGCGCCAAGAUCUGACGCUAGCCGUGGUCAAGGUGAUCGGUGGGAAUGCGUCUUUUUGGUGGUAUAUUUAAAGAGUGAGCCCACUGCAUUAACAUGGACCUUUUUCUUCAUUAUUUGUCUUUGCUGUCGUUGUUUGUCGUUGGCUACAUUAAUAAAGGUUAUCGGUGGCUAUUGUAUCGUGGGGCCGCGGAAGUGAUUGUUAUCUGAUUUUUGUGUGGUCCACAGUAUAAGUCAUAUCAAGUGGUAUUUAAGGUUUGAUUUGAUUAAUGAAUCAUAUGGUUUUAUGUAAGACUUUUUCUCAUAA